AUGAUGAAAAGCAUAGUGAAAACAGAAGAGGAUUCUCCAAAGAAGCCUAUUUGGGAAUCUCUAAUAGAGAGGGGAUCAUGUAAGAAGGAAGAAAUCAUCUAGAAAAUUAAGGAAAAGGAAAUCAAAGAUAAAGAACUUGAUCCAGAAUGUACUUUUAAGCCUUCCCUAAUCAAUCAAAAUUAACCACAACUUGAUAAGCCUUUUUAUGAGAGACAACUAAAAUGGUUGGAAGAUAGAAAACAAAAGAUUAAUCAGAGAAGAGAUGGCGCUAAGGAUAAGAGUCUAGAAAAGUGUUCAUUUUAACCACAAUUAGGACCCUCUCCUUAAAUACCAGAAGUAGACAUCAGAAAUACUAAAGGAAUGGACUCAUUCAUUCAACGACAAGAAAAAGCAAGAAAAUUAAAAGAAGAAAAGCAUAUGCUAUUAAAUAAUCCAUAUUCACAUUUGAGUUCAGAAAAGAAGGCAGUUUAGACUAAUCAAUCAUAUUAUAGUAACAAUCAUCCAAUUUCAAAGGAAUACGAGUCUAUUAAGAAAUAAGAAAGAAUUGAAUUUUCAAAAGCAGUAGAGAAUUCACAAGAAAUUGAAACUUAAUCAUAAACUUAGCAAUAAUAGAAAAUGUAAUUGGGAAUGGCGAUGAAAAUGUUGCACAAUCAAUUAUAUAAUAUUCAAUUCAAUAGUGAAUUUUGA